CAGGUUGAAAAUGAUUUAGAACAAGGUCAAAAUUAUAACGAGAUGCAAUUGCCAGAACAAAUUGAUAAAAAAAAAAAGUCCACAAAGCCCACAAUAUUUAAAACACUUACGACUGCUUGUAAAUGUGGUGCGAAUACUUGUAAAUGUUGUGGAGCUACUUGUAAUUUUGGUGUGACUAUUUGUUGUUUCUGUUGUAUAGCAAUUAUAGUAGCUGCUAUUAUUUUACCAUUAUAUUAUGGCGCAAAAGUUCUUGGGAUUGAACAUUAG